GCGAGUGGGCAACUAGAUACACGCUCGUAUGCCUGCCUUCUGAUAUUCAUUGUUUCACUUGAAUUAUUUUCCGAAACUUAAUAAACCCUGCGUUAUGGCGGAAGAAGAAGAAUCAUCAAUCCCAAUGCACACCGACGAGCCAUCAAACACUCUCAACAACGACAACGGAGACGACGCCAUGUCGGACCCUAAGAAUGGAUCCGAAUCCGAUUCAGAGUCCGAUUCAGAUGAUGAAGCCGUUAAGCUUCAAAUCCAAACCCUAGAAUCUGAACUCUAUGCUAAUCCCUCCAAUUACGAUGCUCAUGUUCAAUAUAUAAGUGCUUUGCGGAAAGAAGGAGAGAUUGAGAAGCUACGAGCUGCUAGAGAAGCUAUGAAUGAGCUGUUUCCGCUGACUCCGGCUAUGUGGCAGGAGUGGAUUAAAGAUGAGAUUUCUAUGACGUCUGGAUCCGAUACUUUUACUGCAGUUGAGAAGCUUUAUGAGCGUGGUUUAGCGGACUAUCUGUCUGUAUCUCUGUGGUGUGACUACAUAAAAUUUGUUCAAGAUUAUGAUCCAUUUGUGCGCGAAGGUUCUCCUACUGGUAUAUCAAAGUUAAGAAACUUGUUUGAGCGUGCUCUUACCGCUGCUGGUUUACAUAUUACUGAAGGCUUUAAGAUUUGGGAAGCAUAUCGAAAAUUCGAACUAGCACUAUUAGACACCAUGGACAAGACAGAUAUAGAGUCAAGGGGAAUACAGGUCCAGCGCAUUCGAAAUAUAUUUCACCGUCAACUGUCUAUUCCCCACACUGCCUUGGAGGUAACUCUUCUUGCCUACAAGUCUUGGGAAGCUGAACAGGGGACAAGUAUUGAUCUUAAUAAUAGCAGUUUGGAUGGGAUUGCUGCAAAUACUUCCUCUGCAUACCAGAAGGCAUUGGAAAUGCUAAAUACUCGUGUUCAUCUUGAAGAUUUGGUUUCUAAACAAGAAUCAACAGAUUUAGAAAGGCUUCAGGAGUAUAUGGCAUAUUUGAAAUUCGAACAGACUUCUGGAGAUCCAGCUCGGGUUCAGAUACUGUAUGAACGUGCUAUAGCUGAAUUUUCUAUAUCUGCUGAUCUCUGGUUAAAUUAUACAGAGUACCUUGACAGAACUUUAAAGGCAGCAAAGAUAGUAAAAGAUGUAUAUUAUAGAGCUACAAGAAAUUGUCCUUGGAUUAAAGAAUUGUGGGUGCGGUACAUGCUUAUUCUUGAGCGACUGCAGGCUUCAGAAGAUGAUAUAUCUGCUGUUUUUGAGAAGUCCCUGAACUGUACAUUUUCAACCCUUGAUGAGUACUUGGAUGUAUUUCUUACGAGGAUUGAUGGCUUAAGAAGAAGAAUUUCAAUUGGAGGACCUAACGUAGAAUAUGCUCUUAUAAGGGAUACAUUUCAGCGAGCAUCUGAUUACUUUUCUCCUCAGCUGAACAACACAGACAGUUUAUUGCGUAUGUAUUGUUACUGGGCACGUUUAGAAUCUUCUCUGGGAGGAGACAUAAGUGCAGCUCGUGGGGUGUGGGAAAGCUUGCUCAAAAGCAGUGGUUCCAUGUAUGAAGCUUGGCAAGGUUAUAUAGCUAUGGAAAUAGGCGCUGGCCACAUCAGCAAUGCUAGAUCCCUUUAUAAGAGGUGUUACAGUAAAAGACUUUCUGGAACAGGCUCAGAGGACAUAUGCAAUUCAUGGAUUCGCUUUGAGAGAGAAUUUGGCACACUUCAGGAUCUUGAUCAUGCCGUGCAGAAGGUAACUCCUCGUCUGGCUGAGCUGCAGUUGUUCAGGUUACAGCAAGAAAGCAAAUAUGUUACUGCAUCAACCGAUCAGACAGAUACGUCCAGCAAGGUAAAAGAGAAGAAAAGGAAGCCAGUUCCAGGUGUUAACAGUGAAGAGUCUCCAGCAAAGCGGCAGAAGGGAACAACACAAAGCCAAAAGAAAUCACAGAAUGUAGAUAAAAAUCAACUUAAAAUUGCAGAUGUGGGUGAUAAAAAGGAACACUCUGAAGCUCAAGUAAGCAAUCCAGAACGAGAAAACGAUGUUCAAACAAAAGCUUCGAGUAUAACCAAAUCCAGACAUUACAAUGAUCAGUGCACUGCCUUUAUAUCAAACCUUAACCUUAAGGUUACAUCUGAAGAUUUACGUUCUUUCUUCAGUGAUAUAAAUGGAGUCGGUGAUGUGCGAUUAUUGAAGGAUAAGUUCACUGGCAAAUCAAGGGGUUUGGCAUAUGUUGAUUUUUCAAGUAAUGAAAAUCUCGUUGCAGCUUUGAAAAAGAACAAGCGUACUUUGCUUGGGAAGAAAGUGAGCAUUGCACGUUCAGAUCCAAAGAAGGGUAAAAAGGAAGGAGUGACGGAACAUGGGAACUCUGGAUCAAAGGAAUCUACUCAAAUUUCGGAAGGGAACAAGGGUCCUCAUUCUGAUCAAGGUUUCAGAGGGAAAGAGGUGCAGUUGAAGGGCAAAAAUACUUUUGCAGCUCCGAGGAAUGUCAGGCCACUUGGUUAUACUAGCAACAUCAACACAAAACCUGAUGUGGUCGGGGAAGUUGCAGAUGAGCAGCCGAAAUCUAAUGAUGAGUUUAGAAAAAUGUUGUUGAAAAAAUGAAAGAAGAGAGAAGUAUACCAUAAUGAUGGUCAUAAAAUUCCUCCAGAGUUGAGCUAUGUAAGAUUACUUGGAGUGGAUAUUAGUAGUUUGACCUCGGUAUUCCUAGUGUAGUGGUAGGACAUACAUAGUUGUACUACCAAUUUCAUUAGCUUUGCACAAAAACAUUCUGUUACGUGUGUUAAUGUUAUCUGGUAUGGAUGGGCGGAUUAUUUGGUGCC